AAAAAAUGAAACAUUGAUAUUACUUCUGAACUGGAUUCUGGCGAACUUUUUAGCUGAAAAGGGACCAUGGAAUUGUCCAAGUGUUAGAAAAGAAAAAGGAAAAGGAAAAUAAGCCACCCAGUAAGGUUGCAGGCCCUUCUCUGCUGUUGCAGAGCCGAACUGUCUAAACCACAGCCAAUGUUUUGUCGUUUUAACAAUCCCUACCGACACGCGUCUCUAGUGGAUUGUGAGUAUCAAGAAUUUUAACAUGUUGCAGUAGUAGUGCUCACUUUGCUUUUCUUUUAGUUUAAGCACAAACAAAGCAUACAGGAAAGAAGCUGGAUAAACAAGAUAGAGUGCAGUCAUUUUGAUUUUCGGAGAAGGAGAUGAGCAAACUCAAGUCUUUUGGGUGUAGUUAGGCAAUAACUAAGAUGGAUUUGCAGUGAAUUUGUGGAGAUCUGGAUCGUAAAAAGAGAUAUGGAGCCUCCAAGGGGUUUUUUGGUUACUUUGUGGAAUUUUAUAUGCUUUCUUCCUUUCUUUGCUGGGCUUCUGCUUCUUGGUACUAUUAAAGGUAUCAUUUUCUGCCCAUUGGUAUGCCUUAUCAUAGCAGUUGGAAACUCCGCUAUAACAUUGGGUCUUUGGCCAUUACAUGUUUUCUGGACAUAUUAUUCGAUUAUGAGAGCUAAACAAUUAGGGCCAGUUCUGAAGAUUGUUCUCUGCAUAUUGCUAGCAGCCCCUUUGAUUCUUUGGCUGGCAGUUGGCAUUGUUGGAAGUAUCAUAGGCGGGAUACUAUAUGGCUUUCUUUCACCAGUGUUUGCCACUUUUGAUGCUGUUGGAGAAGGGAAGAGUAAUGUGCUUUACCACUGUUUUUACGAUGGAACUUGGGACACUAUUCAAAAGAGUUGCACUAUUGUCCGUGAUUUUGCAGAUUUUUGUUAUCAUUCUUAUUUCUCAUAUAUGGAUGACCUACAACAGCAACAGCCUCCAGAUAGAAAAUAUUAUGAGAUCAGGUUGCUUUAUCUUCCUGGUGCUCUUAUUGCUGGUUUACUUGGUUUCAUUCUCGACUUUCCACUGAUCUCAUUUAUUGCCAUCUGCAAAAGCCCAUACAUGCUCUUUAAGGGAUGGCAUCGUUUGUUUCAUGACCUUAUAGGAAGGGAAGGCCCUUUCUUGGAGACAAUAUGUGUACCAUUUGCAGGUCUAGCUAUUCUUCUCUGGCCAUUGGCUGUUGUUGGAGCAGUUUUGGGCUCUAUGAUAUCAAGCAUCUUCCUUGGGGCUUAUGCAGGAGUGAUUGUUUAUCAGGAGUCCUCAUUUUGGUAUGGGCUUUGCUAUAUUGUUGCAUCAUGGGCCCUUUACGAUGAAUACAGCAAUGAUACUUUGGACAUGCCAGAAGGAUCUUGUUUUCCGAGGCCAAAGUACCGAAAGAAUGCUGAAUUGUCAAAGAGUACAUCUCGUGCGUCCUCUUUUUCGAGGCCUAGUUCGUUUAAAUAUCGAUUAGAUCCGCUUCCUCCAAUGGUUGAUCUGAAACCAUUUGAGCUGCUUAAUGGGUUAUUUAAGGAAUGUCAGAAGCAUGGAGAGAAUUUUCUUUCUGAAGGACUAAUAACAGCCCAAGAUAUUGAAGAUGCUAAGUCUAAUAAAGGUGGUACGGUGGUUAACAUUGGCUUACCAGCUUAUUGUCUUCUUCAGACACUUCUACGCUCCGCAAAAGCCAAUUCUGAGGGCAUCUUGUUGAGUGAUAAUCAUACUGAGAUAACAAGCUACAACAGACCGAAAGAUGCCUUUUUUGAUUGGUUUUUUAACCCGUUCCUUGUCAUGAAAGAUCAGAUUAAAGCGCAAAACCUGUCCGAGGAAGAAGAGAAGUAUCUUUGCAAACUAGUACUGUUAAAUGAUGAUUUCAUUAAGUUGAAAAGUGCUAGUAUUGGUCCAGCACCCGACUCUGAGCGUAAACGAGCUGAACUUGAUGCAUUAGCUCGAAGGCUUCGAGGACUUACCAAAUCGGUAUCAAGGUAUCCAACAUCAAGAAGGCAUUUUCAGAAUCUUGUCAAGACCCUGUCAGAAGAUCUGGCCAAGAAGAAUGGAGACAGCAGAUCAAACAAUGGACGGCCUCGAGCAAUUGCGAGAUCAAAAAGUGCCUUUGCCCGUUAUUUAUCUUUUAACAAAAGCAGAUCAAGCCACAAUGGUUCUGAUCAAGCGACUCAACCAGUUGCAAGAGAUGUUGAAAUUGUAUAAUGAUGGAUGUUAGUAGUGGAAAUAGCAAUCUUAUUAUUAUUAUUUUUUUCCUGCAUCAUUUAUCUUCUUUGUUGCUGACACCUUGGGAGAAACAUGCGAGUCAAUAUAUGAAGUCAAAUUAUGCAAUGA